AUGGUAUCACGACCCCCUGACGCUGGAGGAUUUUGCGGGCUCCCGAGAACCGAGAAAUUUUGCUAUCGUCUAAUCGAGGCUUUCGGUCAACACACGGAUUUCAGCAUGGCCCACGUAGCAAUGUUCGAAGCCCAAAGACUGCGUCAGAGGCGCGAGGGGAUGCCAGCGACUGAGUGCCCGGGACCAGGGACCAGGGACCAGGAGGAUCUGAUCCUUUUCAAAAGGUUCCACAGCAAAUCUAGUUUUCGCGUCAACGACCUACUUAGGCAAGACCUAGACAUCCUGGUUAUGUGUAUGGUUCUGACGAGUGAGGCAUACGAAUACAUCUCCUGCGAGCACUUCAAAACGCUCAGCCAGGGAAAGGGGUAG